UUGUCAGUAUCCCACGUCUAGAGCUCACCGCAGCCACUAUCUCGGCAGCCGUAAGUAAAGUUCUCAGAGGAGAGCUUGAUUUGAAAAUCGAUGCUGAGUACUUUUGGACGGAUUCACAAGUGGUACUGGGAUAUAUUAAGAAUGAGGCCCGGCGUUUUCACGUCUUUGUUGCGAAUCGGAUCCAGAAGAUCAUAGACUCUACUGACCCCAAUCGAUGGUUUUACGUUGAAACAAAUCAAAACCCAGCAGAUUAUGCAUCUAGAGGACUCAAGGUGGCAGAUCUAAUGACAUCAGAUUGGCUAAAGGGACCUAAGUUCUUAUGGGAACAGGAAAUUGUGACUAAUCCAACAAUUUCAGAGCUUCUUAUAGGUGACCCAGAGGUCAAAGUCCUGAAAACUGAUGUUGUGCAGAAAGAUGACCUUCUGAUAAGGCUGGCAAGGUUUUCAGACUGGGUCACUUGCCUUAACGUCAUUGCUCGCAUUCGGAGGCUGGCUCAUGGAGACAUAUCUGGGCCUGUUACAGUAGAGGAGCGAAAGAAAGCAGCUCUCGUGCUGAUCAAGGCGGCGCAAAAGGAAGCAUUUGGAGAAGAGCUGAAGCUGCUAAGCCAAUCACAGAAACUCAGGAGAACUCACAAGAUGUAUGAACUCGAUCCGUUUCUUGAGUACGGAGUGCUCAGAGUUGGUGGCAGGUUGAGAAGGUCAUCAGCGUCGCUAGAGUUCAAACAUCCCAUAAUACUCCCGAAAGAAGGCAUCGUAACGCAUCUGAUACUUGAUCAUUGCCAUAAAAGAACACAACACCAAGGCCGAGGGCAAACACUGAACGAUCUCAGAGCCAACGGCUACUGGAUUAUGGGUGCUAGUAAAGUUGUGGCCAAGCACAUCAGGAGUUGCGUGACCUGUAGGAGGGUGCGGGGUCGACCUGAAGGACAGCGUAUGGCUGACUUGCCUGUUGAUCGAAUAGAACCAUCUCCUCCUUUCUCAUAUACAGGCAUCGACUGUUUUGGCCCUUUUUACACGAAACAAGGUAGAAAAGAGUACAAGAGAUAUGGACUGUUGUUAACAUGCCUAAGCUCUAGAGCUAUUCACAUCGAAAUGCUCGAGGACAUGACAACUGAUGCAUUUCUAAAUGCAUUAAGGUGUUUCAUUGCAAUAAGAGGAACGGUCAGGCAAAUUAGAUCUGACCAAGGUACAAAUUUCGUAGGAGCAAAGAGUGAGUUGGGAAAAUGCUUGAUGGAACUUGACAAGGAAAGGAUUGCGACCUAUCUCGCAAGAAAGGAAUGUGACUUCCUUAUGAAUGUUCCCGAAGCCAGUCAUAUGGGAGGCAUAUGGGAGCGUCAGAUUCGGACAACAAGGAGCGUGCUGAGCUCUGUCCUAGCCCAGGCUACCGGAAGACUGGAUGACUCCUCAUUAAGAACGUCCUUCUACGAGGCCAUGGCCAUAGUCAACAGUCGCCCGCUGACAACAGACACCCUAACAGAUCCCAAGGGAGCUGAACCCUUGACACCCAAUCACUUGCUUACUAUAAAAUCUACAAUACCCCUUCCACCUCCAGGAAAGUUCGUUCAAGAAGAUCUGUAUGCAAGGAAACGGUGGCGCAAAGUACAGUAUCUCUCAGAACAGUUCUGGAACAGGUGGCGUCGAGAAUACUUAACCAGCAUCAGCCUUCGUCAGCAGUGGCAUACAACCAGACGAAACGUGCAGGUUGGGGAUGUAGUCAUCGUUAAUGAUGAAAACACUCCCAGAAAUGAGUGGCCACUAGCUAGAGUAGUUGAGGCACAGGAAGAUGAUGAUGGUUUCGUGCGAAAGGUGAAAAUACAAGUAGGCCAAAAUAAAUUAGGACCAAAGGGUGAACGCUUAACACAACCUUCAUUUCUUGAGCGUCCAGUGCAGAAAUUAGUUGUAUAAGUUGAAUAUUAUUCAAAAUAGCUCAGCAUUAACAUGAUAAUCAGUCACUUAUUGUAAGACCUAUUGAUGGACAUUUUGGGUAAAGGUUAAUUUGAAGUUAUUGAAAAUUACAUGUUUUACUUCUUUGAAUAUGGGGAAAGUAAACCUUUUGUAAUUUUGGUGGCAGUGUAACGAACGUAGUCACAUGGGCUUUUUUUGUACAUAUUUUGGGGGGUACCGUUUGAUUGGUGGCGUCAUCUGACCACCUCAGUAAUUAGGUCGUCACUUGGUCACGUGAUGCUCUUGAUAGAGAACUUUAAGUUUCGUUUUAUACUCAGUUGGUGUGCGCAAGCGGCAACAAGAAAGACAAAGAACUGAAAUAAGGAAGAAAUGGACUUCUAACAACUCCUAACCUUCUGGUUGGAGGGGCAUACGUGUUCACGGUGGUCUUGGACGUUUAUGCGGCAAAAAAUCAUUUAAUAAAACGUUU